CACGCGCACCCGUCCACCCCCCUCACCACCCGCCUAUCAACCCUUCCUUCUCUCUCUCUCGCUCGCUCUCGACCCCCGAAGCUUCUCUGAUUCCAGACGCAACCCAGGACCGAGAGAUAGAGACAGGCAGAGGAGGGCAGGGAGCGUGCGGGGGGAUCGGAACCCUAGCUAGGGUUUGAGGCGGCGGAGAUGUCGACGCCGUCGAGGAAGAGGCUGAUGCGGGACUUCAAGCGGCUGCAGCAGGACCCGCCGGCCGGGAUCAGCGGCGCGCCGCACGACAACAACAUCAUGCUCUGGAACGCCGUCAUCUUCGGGCCGGAUGAUACGCCGUGGGAUGGAGGCACGUUCAAGCUUACCUUGCAGUUUACAGAAGAUUAUCCGAACAAGCCACCAACUGUUCGGUUUGUCUCUAGGAUGUUUCACCCAAAUAUAUAUGCAGAUGGAAGCAUCUGCUUGGAUAUCCUACAGAACCAGUGGAGCCCUAUAUAUGAUGUUGCUGCCAUAUUGACAUCUAUUCAGUCCCUGCUGUGUGAUCCAAACCCGAACUCUCCAGCAAACUCCGAAGCUGCCAGACUGUUCAGCGAGAACAAGCGAGAGUACAACCGCAAAGUCCGCGAGAUUGUGGAGCAGAGCUGGACCGCUGAUUAGUGCGUGGGGCCAAGGAGGGCACCCGCCAUGCCAGAAAGGGUGCAAUAAGCAACUGCGAAAAAAACUUGUGUUUCUGGCUCGCCAGACUUGGUUUCCCCUUGAAACAUUGAAGAACUCCAGUGAUUGCGUGUAGUCCGUCUUGUUUUUGUGUUAUGAUCUGAGUGCGAGAUACUCAUGGUUGUUUAAUGCAGUGGUGUUGACCUAUCUCAUGCAUUAAAGGAAUCCUUGUUAUGUACA